AUGUUGUCGGUCAGGCAAAUCUCCCUCGGGGCGGUCUUGGCUGCUGUGGCAGGCGCACAGCUCGUGGCAGCGCAGUCUCUCUCAUCGCAGUGUCAGUCGACCCUGGCAAGCCUUGUGACCUCCAGCGAUGCAAAUUGUCUGGACCUGUCGUCGUUGGCUGGUCUCAUCGUUACCAACUCUAACACCUCGGUCAUCGGCCCGGUGAACAACUGGUUGACAGGUCUCUGCGCUCAGCCAGCCUGCAACAACGCCACGUUGACCGCGUUGGUCGGCAAUGUCACUUCGGGCUGCUCUAGCGAUCUACAGUCCCUUGGCUUGUCGUCUUCGCAGAUCGCCCAGCUGCCGUCGGUGGUACAGGAGUUCUAUCCGACAGUGCGAAAGAUUUUGUGUCUAUCCGAUACCUCGAACAACAACACUCUUUGCGCCACGGAGACCCUCACUAAUAUCCAGCCAUACACUGGCACGCUUACGCCGUCCAACAUCAAGUCGUUGAUCUCGCAGAUCGCUCAAGGAAGCAUUCCCAAUGUGCCGAGUAAUGUAACCUGCACGGACUGCACACAGGCGGCAUUCGAUGUCUUCAACGAAGCGUUCCCCAACUUGGUUACCUCUGGCGUUAACGGAACUAUUUCGAACGAAUGCGGUGCAAGCUUCUUGAGUUCCCCACAGCCCGCGACAGUCAGCCAGACGGCCAGCAACGAAGUCUCCAGUAGUACUUCAAACAGCGCGUUUACCACUGUCGUUCCUGUUGGUUCAUUGUUCGCUGUUGCUUCUUUCUCUAUUGCUGUGACUACUGUGAUCGCGCUCCUCGUCUAA